CUAUCACCAUGGCGAUGUUGACCAUUCUUCUGCUUCUCAGCGCUGCCAUUGCACUGAGCGACGCCUUAACUCUGGAUGAAGCAAAUGCUAUGGUGGCAUCUGCAGCAGAUAAAAAAAUCCCAUGCCCCAAAGGCUGGUUCCAGUUUAAUUCACGCUGCUUCAUGUUUGUCCAGACUGCAAGGACAUGGCCUGAAGCAGAGCGCCACUGUAUGUUCCUUGGAGCAAACCUGGCGUCUGUGCACAGCUCUGUGGAGUCCCAAUUUCUACAGGCGGUGGUGUUGAUCAAGACUGGCGAUUUCCCUCUGACCUGGAUUGGAGGAUAUGAUGCUGUUGAGGCAAAUGUGGAAAAG